AUGCAAUCGGGUUAUUAAGUACGAGAUAUGAAUUUUAUUAUUUCACUUAAGGAAUUAUAGAUUUUGAAAUCCAAAAUCUUGAAUCUUGCUAGGACUCAUUUUUAAAUAAAAGAUUAAACUCAAAUAUUAAUAACAUAAAAAGUAAUAGUAGUUAAAUGCUUUGAGCUAACUUAAUUAAGAAAGAAAUCAAUAUAACAAUUUAAAGUAAAUGAUAAAUAAAUGUAAGAACAGUAAAUUUAUAAUUGCAAAAUUGUAAAUAAUAUAUUGAUUAACUGAAACCUGUAUUUAAAUAAUUAUAGUAUCCAUAGAGAAAAUAAUAGGAUUAAUAAAAUCAUUAAUUUUUCGAAUAAUACUUCGAUUAGAAUUGUGAAAAAUAGGAAAAUGCCAUAUUCAGAAACUUAAAAUUAAUUAAUCUUUUUUAAGAUAUUUCUCAGCAAUCUUUUUUAAAUUCUUUAGAUUUCACCAAAAUUUAGGUUAAUUUAUGUCAAUUCUAUUUGAUUUUAAUAUAAGUUUAUAAAUAGAAUGAGAAUUAGUCUCUGAAUAAUCUCUGCUAAAAUGUCAAUAAUCAUACAUACAUAGAUUUACAAUUGUUUCGUUUGUUCUUUAUAUAGGGUUAAAUGAAACAGAGAUUGCAAUCUAAUGAAUGA